AUGGCUUCACACAAACAAUCCCGAGAUCUUCAGUUCUACAACAAGGCAGUAUCUGAAUUUAAAGGGAAAGAUGUGGAAUCCGUAAAACAAGACUUAGGAUGGGGACUCAAACAAGAAGCUCACAAGAAGAUCGAGUUCAUUACCUCUACAAGAGGAAGUUAUCAUGAGUUAACUGUGGUGUUCUAUUAUGCUGCGUAUUGCGAAAAUCUUGUUGCUAUUUUUGAUAUGGAGAGAACAAAUAGAAGUAUAAGUCCUCCUCUACCUCAAUACCUUAAACAAUCCUUUUAUUAUAUAAGGGGUGAUAAGGAACCUAAUAGAAUUGCAAACGAGGAUGGAACCCUUAAUAGAAAGCCCAAGCUUAGGAAAAAAUCAGAUGCGAACAACACCUCACUAUUAAGCACAUACAUGCUAGGAGAAGAACUUAGCGAGCAAGAGACUACAGCUAUUAAAGAAGCUAAAACAUCUAAAGCAUCUCUGCUUCCUCAAAAGGAGAGUACACAUGAUGAUACUGUUGUAGAUGAUGAAGAAGAAGCAGGCAUAUCUUCUGGCCUUACCAGAUGGUUAUCGCAGGACAUCAGUAUAAGAAGAAACUCUCUUAGAAGGUCGCCUGUUUGUGUAGAAAAAACGAAGGGAGAUAGAGGGGAAACCCCUACAAGGAAGUUAAAUGAAAAGGAAAAGGAGGCUAUAAUUAUGCAGGAUAGUGAGGAGAGUACGAACCUGCAGGAGAAGGUGGGAUCGGCUGGUAAACGGAAAAAGUCGGAAAUGGAUUCCCCUCCGGAAAGCGGAGACCGAGCAAAAAGGGAAAAGUCGGAUGAGGAGAUGAUGAUCAAGUCCAUGCUGAGAGUAAUGAAGACCGCGAAAAGGCUAAAAGAAAUGAUCGCCAAAACAACAAACACGAGAGGGGACAUUAGACAGGCAAGUAAAGAUCUGGACUACCACGUGGACAAACUAAGCGUUGAUCUGGAAGGUUGGCAGACAAAUAAAAGAGUGUCGCCUAGGAAACCGGUUGAGAGGAAAGAGAUAGGAACGCAGACAGAGGAGGAGUACAAGGACACAAGGGAAAUCGGGAUACAGGCAUGUACUGAAAUGGCGGGCUCCCAUCGACCGUCAUCAUGCGACCGCCUAGAUUCCCCAACGGUAGGGCAGGUUGGGGAUAUCGGUAAUGCUACUGCCUCAGGUCGUUCUUUAUCCGAAGAGGGUAGAAGAUAUUCGAGCUCAACACAGAGCGAACAGGAAUGGUUGAAACAGGAUAUUUCAAUAAGGAAAAGUUCUUUAAGGAGGACUCCGACAGACACGAAAAAAGGUGAUAAGGAGAGAGAAGAAUUCUUUACACCAGGAGGAAUUGAAGAAACCACUACCAUGAGCCAACCUAACACCGAGGAAGUAGGAUCCAAACAAAGAGGGACUACUGGAAAAAGGAAGAAGCUGGACAUGGAUUCAUCAACGGAAGAGGGGGAAACUCGGAAGAAAGAUAGGACUGAGGAUCAACAACUGGUGAAAUCGAUACACAAAGUGCUAAAAGCAGUAAAAAAGAAAGCCAGAAUUCUGGAAAAGGAGCUGAAACAAAAUUGCAACGCGACAGAAAUUACAACGAGAAGCAGCGGCAAGACCCUUUACCUUCUAGGAAUAGACCCAACUGUUGGCGAGGAAGAAAUAAAAGUAAACCUAGGGAAAACCCUUAACAUAGACAAGGAUAGCAUAGAUGUAAGAGCGAUUAGAAAAUCCAGAUACGAGAAUAACAUGGCGAUAGUAGUUAUGCCAGGUAAAGCAGCUAACGAACUUUUAAAGAUGGAGAAAGUUAAAUUAGGGUGGACAACCAGGGAAUCUGUUUCGGACGAAUUACCGACUCCUGGGACAAUGGAGGGAUUUACGGACGAGGAACCGUUCGUAUCAGCUAUCUACAAGCUGUCAGGCAACGCAUCGGCUUCGGAAUUAUUCUCAAGCGAUGAAGAUGCAAGGCCCGCUUUUAAAGGACAAAAGGGGAAAAGGGAAAGGGAGCAGAUGUCACCGAAGAAAGGGAAGAAAAAGAUUAAAGAAGAUAAAGGAACGAAGGUUUCGGAGGAUAAGGAAGGAAGCAAUAAACUAAACGAGUUUAAAAAAAUGUACGAAAAGAUAAUGACCGAAGCGAAGAUUCUUAGCGAUUUAAUACGUCAGCACGGGAAUUACACGAAGAUGGAAAUUAAGGAUCACGUCAAGGAGAUGAGAAGAUGGGCGGAGAAGGGAGAAAUGACACUUAUAGAGGUAGAACAAGAGAGGCACACGCGUAGGGAAGAAAAGCCGAGGAAGGAAGUUAAAACCUGCACAGUAGGAACACAAACUUACCUGUCGGGAAAUGAGGAAGAGGAAGAAAAGGAAAGUAAGGAAAUUAGUGAACAAGUAGACCGGGUUGUAGAGUAUCAAGACCUGGAGCCGCUGAUGAAUAGACACUGGCCACAGGCGACAUACAAAGCGAUAAAAGAAGUGGAGAAAACCCAAGACACCUAUAAGGACAACACCUUUGUAUACCUGUUCGACCAUAGAAGGGACAGGUCAGACGGGGAGGGACUAGAGUUGGAAACGGUAUUCCCAGGUUUUAAGGAAAUGAUAAAGACUAGUAAAGGUGACACGGAAGAGAUGGGCAACACUCAAACAAUCACAUCGAGGGCAGGAGCUAAAACAACGGUUAAGAAAGUAUACAUGCAGCCAGUCACUGGGGACUCUGUAGUGUGCGAGGAAACAUAUAAGAAACUGGAAGGGGUGUUGAAAGGUUGCAAGAGGAAUUGUAAUGAGAGAGGACAGCAGACAAUCAAAGACUAG